AUUUGACUGACGGGGGAGGUGGGGUUUAGGGCCGCAUUUCUCUGCGAGCAUGCGAGCAAUGCGAGCGUUCAGCAAAACGAAACCAUUGAGGAAAAAUGGCUGACAGCGGCGCUUCGGGCAUCGUCAGAGUGAAGUUGGACUUGCGGUGCGUCGUGCCACAUCGGGGACCGCACAGUUUGGUGUGGACUAUCGUCGACAGAUCGAAGACCGCGACGAUAGGGCAGUUCGCGCGACUGGUACGACUGAAGUACGGCGUCCCCGAGAAUGCCGAACUCUACCUGGACGACGCUCUACUGCCGCGCGGCGAACCGAUUGCGAUGUUGAAGGACAAGGAUACAGUGAGAUUUGUCAGGGCUAUCAAACAGCCGUCCUCAGAUACCUGUUCCCAACCCAAUGCCGAUUCAGAAGCGUUGCCAGUAACAGGUCAACCCAUUAAGAGGGAGGUCAAGCAGGAGCGUCCAGGAAGCAGUGAUGGAGUUGAUGUUGUGAGGGCCAUCACCAUCAAGCUACGAUCGUCGGAUUCAGAUUCCAGGCACAGUGAUGAUCCAGAAUCGUUGCCAGUGGCGAACCAACCCGUUAAGAGGGAGGUCAAGCGGGAAACCCCAGACAGCAGUGACGUUGUCAGGGCCAUCAAGAUACCGUCGUCGGAUUCAGAUUCCCACACCAACGACAAUCCGGAACCGUCGUCAGUAACAGAUCAAACAAUCCAGGAGAUGAAGCAGGAAUGCACAAAAAGAAGCAUCAAGCCUGAAGUCGAUGUUGUUGAACAUGUUCAAGCAAACAACAGCACAGACACUUCUUGGCAGGACCACUCCUAUGCCUCUGAGUCGACAACAGAUCAGUGCGUGACGGCACGUUUUCCAGCCGCGCACAGCACAUCUACACUGAGCGACGAGCCAACCAGUCCAACCGUGCAGAACCCGAACGCGACGGACAUAUCUGAGAGCGUCGUCGUCAUGCCGGACUCGUUCUCAAUGGGAAUGCAGCACCACGGCAAGAAACGGCGCAUGCUACGCAGGAGAAAGGGGCCAAUUGAAGAAUGCACGCGAGUCUCAGAGUCUGCAAGCUUGCUGCCAGUAGCUUUCGUCUGGGGACCUGUGCAGAGCGACCGAGUAGACUUGCCGACUGGUCAGCAGCGUUCUUGUUUCCAUGGCAACACACCGCAGCAGAACACGCCACCGGCUCCUGCUAGAAAACUACCUUGCAUAGUGUACGUGACCACGUCCGCCAAGAAAGUCACAGAGCCACUAUGUAGGCCCCAGUGCGAGAACGGCCAGGAUCCGCAAGUACCCGUUGCAGCCGGCUCGAACCCUGGCCCUCCGGAACUUGCCGUGCUGAGACCCAAGACUUGA